AUGACGAUGUCCCUGACGUCCCUUCGAACCGACACUUCGUACCUGCCACCGAUCCGGCUCUCGACACUGACCCGGCCGCUCAUGAUGACCGGCGGCCCGCGUCCCGCCAUACCGUUCAGGCAGCUCAAGACCGCCAACUGGUCGAUGCCGCCGUUGUUCAAGGCAUUUCCCCAGGCUGUUCGUCAUGUCAUUUUGCCAGCGGCAACAAUCUCGGCCGAUGCCAUUUUGCGCCUCAACGAAAAGAGGCAGGGCAUGGGCUUGGCCGAAGAGGCUGCAGUCUCUGCUCAAGCCAAUGGGCUCGGCAGUCGCGGCGAAAAGGACAAGGACAAGAAGAAGCACCGCCGCCUGGCGUCGGCAUCGGCCGAGAGUCUGGAAUGGACAACCAAGAUUUUCGUCCUCGUCACCUCGGGUUAUCUCUUGCAAUAUGCUGGAGACGGCCACUUCGACCGCAUGCCCGAGAAGAUCCUGCGUCUGGGCCCUUCGUCUGCCGCCUUUGCGACGGACGCGAUCCCUGGCCGGCACUGGGUCGUGCGUGUUUCUUCAACCGCCGAAGCUGACGGCACUCCGGCGCCGGAGUCUCGCUCCUUGUUCUCCAAGCUGCCCUUUCGGAUAGAUAGGCGCAACACGUCAAACUUACUCAUGGUAUUCGAAAGCGCCGAAGUCAUGGAAACUUGGAUAACGGCGCUGCGGGGCGAGAUUGAGAGGCUGGGCGGCAAGAAGAAUCUGUCGGAGACGGGCAGGCCCAAGACGAUGGAGAGCUCUCAGCCCUUCCCGGAACGGCACAGCAAGCGCGCUCUGAUGGCGAAAUCACUGCCACGCCUCCGCAGCCCCGGCCCCAACCACCAUGGCAUCAAUCAUGCGACGGCGCCGCGCCUACGAGGGGCCAAUAGCGGCGACGGCCCGAACCAGAUAAUCGGCCCGGACGCCGUCGACGAUGAUUCUACAUCCAAUAGCGGCCUCUCCCAGGACGAGCGCCAAUUGGACAAUCUGCGUGAGCACUCCAAUCGCCUGUCCCUCGGCUCGUCUGGCCAGCGGACCAUGGUCACCUCUGCUGGCCCCUCUCCCGAGGCGUCGCCCACGCGAGAGCACCUUACUCCUCCGGCGGACGAGAUGCAUGCCCGACCCGGCGAAGCUGCCGACGUGGUGGUGAAGCCGAGGCCCAACGCCUCCGACAUCUCCAUUCGACGGCAGUCGGUACAAGUCGCGGCACCAUUCAUCGACCCCGGCCAGCAGGACCAGGCGGAAAUUCGGUCUCCUUCGGCUGCCGGGUUGAUCCUUCGCAGCGACGGGGCCGUUUCCCCCCUUGGACUACACCCAACUCCCAAUUUCAGCGUCCCGCACUCAUCAAACCGGCGGUUUUCGCAUACCAGGGCUUCCCCGGUUGAGGCUGAAAGCUCGCCCUCCCUCGAGCCUUCUCGGCUCGCAAGGGGAAAGCCUCCGCCAGCCUUGCGAGCUACUCGUACGCUGUCCAUUGUGAUGGACCAGCCGCCACUGCGGGAAGCCGGUCAUCAACGACCGGUGACGGCGUACAGAGGCAACCAGUUACCGUCCCCUACCAAAGAAAGGGCGGGUAGCGUCGGCGCGAAUUGGACACAGAACGGCUCGGCGACAAGGACGGGCCGUUCUGUGCCCCCGAGACGACGCCAGGAGCCAGUGGGCGGGCUCCGGUCGCCGCCGCUGACACCGCGGGACCACGACAUGGACAGGUACCAAUCUUCCUUCCUGGACCCCAGCACCCCGCAGAGCCGAUCAUACGGAUCGCCUCACAGCACAGGGCUCGAGGGGGUAGACGACGAGUCACAUGUCGCACACGAGGCCCGCAACCGGCGGUCUGUUGCGCCGGGUCGGGGGACACUGUCCAGCUCCCCGACAGGGCGCAUCCAUCCUCACGCCAGCAGCCCGUAUCUCAAGGUGCAGAUGACGGAGAAGGCGCUGCUCAACCGUAGGAGCAUGCCACAGCUGACGGAAGGGCCGCCGCCCGCACCGCCGCCAACACGCGCGUUGCCGCCUAUUCCGCAAAACCUCGCGCUCAGAGCAUGA